AUGGGCCCAAAUCCUUUUAGGCUUUUUGAUAUUUAUCUUCAUAAUCCAAGUGUAAAGUGGGAUGACAUUAUCGGAUUAGAUGCAGCGAAACGGACUAUCAAAGAAGCUGUUGUUUAUCCAAUUAGAUAUCCACAACUAUUCACUGGGAUAUUAUCACCAUGGAAAGCCCUUUUACUUUAUGGGCCUCCGGGUACCGGUAAAACAUUAUUAGCAAAGGCGGUCGCCACUGAAUGUAAUACAACAUUUUUUAAUAUAUCAGCUUCAACAAUUGUCAGUAAAUGGAGAGGUGAUUCGGAAAAGUUAGUUAGAGUACUGUUCGAAUUGGCACGGUUUCAUGCACCGUCCACGAUAUUUUUGGAUGAAUUGGAAUCGAUCAUGAGUCAACGUGGUGGUGGAAACCCCGGCGGUGAACAUGAAGGAAGUCGUCGCAUGAAAACAGAAUUACUCGUCCAGCUAGAUGGACUAUCAAAAUCCGAUGAUUUAGUUUUUCUUCUCGCUGCUUCUAACCUACCAUGGGAACUUGAUCAUGCUAUGUUAAGACGUCUAGAAAAACGUGUUCUGGUCGAUUUACCAAUAACUGAAGCGAGACAAGCACUCUUUCAACAAUUUCUACCUCCAACAGUGAUACGUGAACCAAAUGGACUUGUUUUAUUCUCCGACUUAGAUUAUGCUCGUCUGGGCGAUUGUACAGAAGGCUAUUCCGGUGCUGAUAUCAAACUUGUCUGUAAAGAAGCAGCUAUGAAUCCAGUACGUAAAGUAUUCGAUGUAUUAGAAAAUCUUCAAGAUGGUGCACGUAUUCAACUUGAUUCAAUAAAAACGACCGAUGUUGAAAAAGUUUUAUCGACAACAAAACCAUCAGCACGGGCAUUCAAAGAUAAAUAUACACAAUGGCAAAAAGAAUAUGAAAGUGUAUGA